CCUUGGAAAAAUGGAAACCGACGGCGAUUUAUAGGAUUCUCUCUUAUAACUAAGUCUAACCCUCUCUCUAUCUCUCUUCAACGAUGGCUCAACCGCUCUACACAGUCACGGUGAUGGAGCAAAGCCAGGUUGCUCCACCACCCAGCUCAGUUCCUGCCACAACUAUUCCUCUCAGUUUCUUUGACAUCCCAUGGCUUCUCUGCCGUCCCAUGCAACGCCUCUUCUUCUAUGAAGCUCCUCAACCCACCAACUAUUUCACACAAGCCAUCCUUCCCACUCUCAAACACUCUCUCUCCCUCACUCUCCAACGCUUCUUUCCCUUGGCAGCCAAUCUGGUGUGCCCUCCUCCACAAACCCACAAACCCUAUAUCCUCUACGCAGAGGGAAACUCUGUCCCUUUCACCGUCGUUGAGGCUGCCGGCGAUUUCAACCACCUCGUGGCCAGUUAUCCACGGGAUGUUAGAGAAUUACACCACUUCGUGCCGCAGUUGCCCCCAACACACGUGUCAUCGGAUAAGACCCGUGUAAUCCCUCUCAUGGCCAUGCAAGUCACAGUUUUUCCAAAUGAAGGAAUUUGUAUUGGCAUCACCUUCUGCCACAUGGCAGCUGAUGGAAGGGCGUUCCACCAUUUCAUGAAAUCGUGGGCGUCUCUGUGCAGGACAGGAGGAGACUUGACUUGCCUUGACAGGUCACCGCCUUUCCAUGACAGGGCUGUGAUGAAAGACCCAAAUGGGCUCGAGCAAAAUUUCUUGGAGGACUGGUGGAAUUGGGGGUCAGCGUGGACGGAUGACACAGGUCUCAUCAACGAUUUUGCUGAAAAGGUUCGGGCCACAUUUGUUCUGGGCCGAGCCCAUAUUGAGGGACUAAAGCAGUGGGUCAAAGGUCAAUGCAUGAACAAAGAAGCCUUGGAGUUGGAGCCAUUACACGUAUCAACGUUUGUGGUAACAUGUGCAUUCAUUUGGGUUUGUUUGAUCAAAUCCCAAUACAAUGGAGCAAGUGAUUUUUCGGAUAAUAGUGAGCUUUUCUACUUCGCUUUUGUAGCAGAUUGCCGAAACCGGCUUAAAUUUCCUGUACCUUCUACAUAUUUCGGAAAUUGCCUAGCAAUAUGUAUUGUAGCACUUGAGAAGGGUGAGCUACUGGGAGAAACUGGGAUUUUCGAAGCUGUAAAAGUUAUUGGAAACAAAGUUCGGCAGUCGGAGACUGAAGCCUUAAGAGGGGCAGAGACAUGGCUGUUGGAUUGGAAAGAAAAAUCAGAAACAGGGACUCUUGUUACAGUUGCAGGAUCACCAAGAUUGGGUGUUUAUGAGACAGAUUUUGGGUGGGGGAGGCCAAAAAAGAGCGAAGUGGUUCAUAUUGAUGUUACGGGGGCUGUAUCUCUUGCUGAGUGUAGAGAUGAGGAGGGUGGAAUUGAGGUUGGUUUGGCACUUAGUAGGAAAAAUAUUGCUCAUUUUACUGCCAUCUGGGAACAGAGCUUGAAGCUUUUUUGAAUCUCCAUAUUAGCUGAAUAAGAUUGUAUCCAUACUUGAUAUUGUCACAAGAUCGUUUACAUAUAUCAUCAUAAAGUUUGAUCAUUGGGACUUUGGAUUUCUUACCCACAAUGAGUUCGAUGAGUUCCAUUGGUUUUAUAUCUCUUUUCUCUUUCUAUCUUGUAUCCAAUAAGUUGGUAUUUAUGGAAAUGAUCAAUGAAAG